GGGAAGUUUAAAAGUUACCACAAAAUGGCGAUGUCGGCGGGGGUGAAAGGAGAAAAGGUGAAAGAAGAUUUUGAUGAUUUGCUAACUUGUACAAUCUGUUUGGAGACAUUCAAAGAACCUAAGUAUCUGCCGUGUCUGCAUACGUUUUGUAAGUCGUGUAUUAAUACAUAUAUUGGUUCAACCGUGAAAUGGAAUAAUCCGAAUGAAUUCAAAUGUCCCGUAUGUCGUCGAUCUGUUCCAAUUGAUGAAAAUGAUGAGAAGCCUGACACUUGGGCAGAUAAUUCACCCGGGAACCAUUUUAUCGUAUCACUUAUAUAUAAGAGGGAAUUACAGAAACCUGAUAAGCUAUGUGAUACUUGUGACCAGGACAAACAGAAAGCUAUAUCCUUCUGUACUGUUUGCGAAGAGGCAUACUGUGAAUCGUGCAGAAAGGGCCACAGAAUUUACAAAAUAUCGAAAAGUCAUAAGAUAAUACCAAUCACAGAUAUCAAUGCAGACACUUCCAUGUCCGGUCUAUAUGCGUGUGUCACAUGUAAAGAACAUCCCGACAAGACGAUAGAAGUUUACUGUCAGGAUCAUUCCAAACCUUGUUGUACAGUUUGUGCCACUGUCAACCACAGAAAAUGUGAACAAGUUGUCACUAUUGAUAAAGCGGUGAUUGGGAUAAAAGAAUCCGACAAAGCAACAAACUUGAUGACAAAGUUAACAGAAACAAGUCACACAUUAGAAGAAGUUCUACAGAACCAAAAAACCAAUAAAGAAAACUUUAAAAAUGGCAUAGAAACCGUUCUAGAAGAAAUCACGAAAUUGCGAGAAAACCUUUGUAAACAUUUAAAUGAACUGGAGGAAAAACUGAAGAAAGAGGCCAACAGUAACAGAAAAGAAAAAAUAAUUAAGCUUGACGACGAAACAACAGAUUUGUCCAGCCUAAAGAAUACAGUUGAUAACUGGAAGAAAAUAUUCGAAGCUUGUAUAUCUCAAGGAUCAGAAAUACAAUGCCUGGUCAUGAUGGACGAGAUUUUAAACAACCUUCCUAAAACUGGAGAAGACAUUUCUAAACUUCUACGUGAAAUGAAAACUAUAUCGAUAAAGUUUGAACAUAAAGAUGUUAUUUCAGACAUCGUAUCUCUCGGCCGUUUGAUUUUUAAUGAGUACCGGCCUUCUAUUCCCGGAAUGAAGAUAGCAAAUUACCAUACAGGAAAAAUCAGAAAAGUGUUCACAAUUGAUGAUACAAUGCAUGCUGUUAGCGGGAUAUUCUUUAAUAAUGAUAUUAUUUUAACCCAUUAUUGCCAAUAUAAGAUCGUGUACUACGACAACAAAGGGCAAGAACAGGAACAGUUAGAUAUUCCUCACAUUUUAACAGACAUAGCUAAAGUGAAUGAUCAAACAGUCGCCGUGUCUUCACAUCAACAGAAGAUAGUGGUUAUCAAUGUUAAACCGUUGACUAUAUUAAAGACGUUAAAUAUUAGCAAUCCUGUGUGGGGUAUUUCGUUCUGUGAAAACGAAUUUGUUACUACUUAUGAUAAAACAAUAUCUUGGUUAAACGCUGAAAAUGGUACAGUAGUUAGAAGUAAACAAACACAAGUAAACGGUAGAUAUGUUUAUUGUUACCAGAAAAAUGAGUACAUCCUCUGGGAUAGUGGGCAUUCGAUUAAAAGGGAGAGCAAUCAGGGAAAUAGCUUUACGUAUAACAAUAGUCUAUUAAAAGGCCCGUUUUUCCAGGACGUUGAUAGCGACGGAAACAUUUAUAUCAUCGGAAACGAGUCCAAAAACAUUCAUCAGUUGACAUCUACUGGACAACUGGUACGAAUCAUUCCCUUAACAGAUAUAGACAAUACCAUCACGGGCCAUCCUUGGGUUAUACGGUUCAAGCCAAACAGUAACAGAUUUAUACUAACAUUUUUUACAGGCUCUAACCAAGUCCUUGUGUGUGAAAUUGGUGAGGAUCAUUAAGAAGUGGGAUGAUUCAAAAACUGACAUGCAAAGGGGAUAUAGGGCGCUGGCAGUGAAUAUGAACUGUUAUCCUUGAAUAUUCUGAAUGAAUGACAUAUGUCAAGGAUAAAUCAAUAUUGUAAUUAAUUGGUGUAUUAUUUGUUAAUGUAAGUAUCUAAAUCAUAAUUGUAACCCAAAUGUAUUGGAAAAUAGCGAUUUGAU